AUCGUAACCAAUUCUGGGCGUGCAAGUACAUUAGCAGCUAGUGAUGCUGCUACUCCUACUUUGAGACGUAUAGAGAGAGCUGCUAUAGCUGCUGCUACUCCCAUUACUUACCAUUCCAGGGAACUUUUACUUCUUAUACAUGAACACCUUCAGGCAUCUGGUUUGGCAGCAACGGCUGCUGCACUUCUAAAAGAGGCUCAGUUAACACCUUUGCCGUCCUUGGCAGCCCCAUCAUCACUAGUGCAUCAAACCUCUUUGCAUGAAUCCCCGUCAAUACAAAUUCAAUGGCCAUCAGGACGUACUCCGGGUGGAUUUCUUUCUGUUAAAUCGAAAGCUACCUCACGGGGUGAGGAUCUCAGCUUAAAGUUUGAUUCAUCUGUGUCAUCAUCAAAGAAGAAACCUCUUAUUUUCUCUCCUACAUUUGGUUUACAAUCAAAAAAGUCUUCUGGACUUGCAAGCACACCAGAAGCUCCAUCAGUGUCUGCAGGGAAACCUAGUGUGGAUGCUGACAUGCAAUUUAAAACUCCAAUUCUAUUGCCAAUGAAACGCAAGUCAACGGACUUAAAAGACACCGGGCCAGUGUCGUCAGGGAAACGACUCAGCUCUGGUGACCAUGGACUUCGAUCUCCAGUUUGUUCAACACCGAAUGCUUUCCGUAAAAGCAGUAUACUAACUGAUUUGAAUGUCAUUUCCACACCAAUUUCUACUUUGAAAGAUCAUCAUUACGGACGAUUAGUACCAAGUAGCUUGCUAGCUGAUAAUUUGGAUGAGAACCGACAUGGUAACACCAAUCUGGCUCAAAUGACACCUUCAUUCCAACAUGGACUUCUGAAUGAUCCACAACCCUCCAAUGCAGAACGUUUAACCUUGGACUCUCUUGUUGUUCAGUAUCUGAAGCACCAGCAUCGCCAAUGCCCAGCUCCUAUUACCACAUUACCACCACUUUCACUCUUGCACCCGCAUGUCUGUCCAGAAUCAAGACGAAGCCUUGAUACUCCUUCAAAUGUGACUGGCAGGCUUAGUACACGUGAGUUUAGAAGUAUGUAUGGUGGGAUCCAUGGGAAUCGCAGGGAUCGUCAAUUUGUUUACAGCAGAUUUAGACCAUGGCGAACUUGCAGGGAUGAUGGUGGUGCCCUUUUGACCUGCCUCACUUUUCUAGGAGAUUCCUCUCAGAUAGCUGCUGGAAGCCGUUUUGGUGAGCUAAAAGUUUUUGAUUCGAACAGCAACAAUGUGCUGGAGAACUGCACCAGCCACCAGUAUCCUUUGACACUCGUCCAGUCAUAUCUUUUGGGAGAGAGUCAGUUGGUUCUCUCUUCAAGUGCCCAUGAUGUGCGAUUGUGGGAUGCAUCUUCGGUCUCGGCUGGGCCCAAGCAUUCAUUUGAAGGGUGCAAAGCUGCUAGAUUUAGCAAUUCUGGGACCAUAUUUGCAGCACUAUCAUCAGAGUCAUCGCAAAGAGAAAUUCUCUUGUAUGAUAUCCAGACCUGCCAGUUGGAACUGAAGCUAACGGACACGUCUAUGAGUUAUUCGGGUAGGGGACACAUUUAUUCUCUUGUUCACUUUAGCCCCUCAGAUACUAUGCUUCUAUGGAAUGGGGUCUUAUGGGAUCGUCGUGGUUCUGGCCCUAUCCAUCGCUUUGAUCAGUUUACAGAUUAUGGGGGUGGUGGCUUUCAUCCUGCUGGAAAUGAGGUGAUUAUAAACUCUGAAGUCUGGGAUCUAAGGAACUUCAGGCUUCUCCGAAGCGUACCUUCCUUGGAUCAGACACUAAUAACUUUUAAUGCGAGUGGGGAUGUUAUAUAUGCAAUUCUGAGGAGAAAUCUUGAGGAUGUUACUUCAGCAUUUCAAACUCGACGUGUUAAGCACCCCCUUUUUUCUGCUUUUCGUACUGUGGAUGCUGUCAAUUAUUCCGACAUUGCUACUAUUCCUGUAGACCGUUGCGUCCUUGACUUUGCAACGGAGCCAACUGAUUCUUUUGUUGGGUUGGUGACAAUGGAUGACCAAGAAGAGAUGUAUUCUUCGGCUAGGGUGUAUGAAAUCGGCCGUCGGAGGCCGACUGAUGAUGAUUCUGAUCCGGAUGAUGCUGAGAGCGAAGAGGAGGAUGAAGAUGAUGAGGAUGGUGAUGAGGACCCACUACUGGGACCAGAUCUCGAGGGGGAUGGGGAAAGCGAUGCUGACGAUAUGAGCAAUGAUGAUGAUGAUAGUGUGAGCGAGCUUGAUGAUGAUGAUGAGGAAGAUGGAGAUUUCAUUAUGGAUGAUGGGGACUUUGAUGCUGGAGGUGGAAUAUUGGAGAUUGUGACUGAAGGUGAGGAUGAUGAUGAUAGUGGGUUGGUUGAAUCGCUUAGUAGUGGGGAUGAAGAGGAUUUUGUAGGUAAUGUUUAUGGCUUCUGAGUGCUAAAACAAGCUACCAUUUGGAUGGAUACAGUAGAUUGUUAAUUGUAUUUACAGUAAGUUAGAUUAUGUAAUUAUUGUCAAUUCUAUUUUAGAGGGAAAGGAAGAAGGGG